AUGACGACCCUCGAGCACGAGGCGGAGAAGCACGAGGCUACCCAUGUCGAGCUUGCCAAGGUCGACCACUCUGCGUCCGAUGGUCUUGUCAAGUCUCGUUUCGACGAGCUGUCCAUCCCUCGCACGGUGUGGGUCUUCCGCAGGGCGGUUUUCUACUCGCUUUGCGUGUACACUGGAUACAUGAUGGAGGGAUUUGAGCUUGGUGCGGGUGGCAGUGUCAUCGCGAAUGCAGGCUUCAUUAAGCAGUUCGGAGACGGCGGUGGCGGUGGUGUUAGGGCUCUCAACCCCACCUGGGUUUCCACCUGGAGUGCCUUCCUCAACAUUGGUCAGAUGGUCACAUUCACCCACAUUGGCUGGGUCGCCGACAGGUUUGGCCGCAAAUUCUCAUUCUACAUCGCUUGGCUCUGGCUCAUCGUGGGUUGCACGCUGCUUAACACCGCCAAGUCGCCACCCGUUUGGGCAAUUGCUAAGCUUUGCAACGGAGCUGGUAUCGGUGUGCUUCAAAUCACUUGCCAGGUCUACAUCAUGGAGAUUGUCCCGAACCGCAUCCGUGGUGGCAUGGUGACCUUCCAGGCUGUCUGGUCUAACAUUGGUGGCAUCAUUGUCUCAGUCAUGAUGCAGCGUCUCAACACAAACCACCCUGACAACUACCUCCUGGCUAUGCGUAUCCUUUGGGGCCCCAUCGUUCUGAUGCUUGCCUGUUGGGCGUUUAUCCCCGAGUCUCCCUGGUACCACGCCAAGCGCGGCAACAAGGAGGCGGCCAUGAAGUCUCUCCACCGCCUCUACGGUAACGUUGAGGGCUUCGACUUUGAGGAGGAGUACGGAAUCAUUGCGAGGACCCUUGAGCACGAGAAGGAGAGGCUUAACAACGCACCCAAGUUCGUCGACAUCUUCAAGGGCCUUAACUUGAAACGCACCCUCAUCGUCAUGCUUCUCUCUGCGGCUCAGCAACUUGCGGGACUGGCCAUCAUCAGCACCUACUCUACCUACUUCUUCUCCCUCGCCGGUCUCCAGGACCCCUUCCUCGGCAGUGUUAUUCUCUCUUGCUGCAACCUGAUCGCCGUCAUUGCUUGGUCCAUUGCCUCAGACGCAAUCGGUCGCCGCUGGAUCAUCAACGUUUGCCAGACAUUCUGUGUCUUGAUCCUGUUCACCGUUGGCGGCCUCUGGUGGACCGGCGCCACCAGCGGCAACGCCGCGGCUGGUACAGCUCUUUUGGUUAUUUGCUGUCUCUGGACGAUGGCCUUCCAGGUCGUUGGAAUGAGUUAUUAUCUGUAUUCGGCGGAGAUCCCCAACGCGCAGCUGAGGAUCAAGACUGGUCCCGUCUGCUUCCUGGUUAACAGUAUUUUCGGUAUUGCCACCUGCUACGCCACCCCUCCCAUGCUCUUGGCCAUGUCGCUCAAGACCGGCUUCGUCUUCGGCGCCUUCUCGUUCCCCAUCUGUAUUCUCAUGUGGCUCUACCUCCCGGAGACCAAGGGCCGCUCUGCUGCCGAGAUCGACGAGCUUUACGAGAGGAAGAUCCCCGCGUGGAGGUGGUCCAAGACCGUCACCGAGGCCGAGGAGACCAUGCACGCCGCGGCUCAGUCGAGGGCCGUCCAGUAG